AUGGGUGAGAAGCCUUAUUCUUGUAAUAUAUGUAAUAAGAGUUUUUCACGAACAAUUCAACUGACUAGGCACAGCUAUGGUCAUACAGGUGAAAAGCUUUAUUCAUGUACUAUAUGUAAUAAAAGAUUUUCAGAUAAAUUUAAUUUGGCUCAACAUGGUCGUCUUCAUACUGAUGAGAAACCUUAUUCUUGUAGUAUAUGUGAUAAGAGUUUUUUUCGAAGAGGUCAUUUGACUCAACAUAGUCGUGUUCAUACUGGUGAGAAGCCUUAUUCUUGUAGUAUAUGUUAUAAGAGAUUUUCAGUAAAAAGUAAUUUGAAUCAACAUAGUCGUGUUCAUACAAGUGAGAAGCCUUUUUCUUGUAGUAUAUGUUAUGCGUCAUUUUCAUUCAAAUUUAAUUUGACUCAACAUAGUCGUGUUCAUACUGGAGGUGGUCUACCUUAA